AUGAUCGAGGCGAAGCCUGAGCAGGGCAAACCAGCGACCCCCCGGGGGGUUUCCAGACAUACCUUCAGGAUUACCUUGCUACCGAGUCGCUUGCUUGCUUACACCACAUUCCCCUACAUCGCUGAGUAUGCCAAGCUCUGCUCGAGGCGUGUUCUGAGUAGAAUAACCUACGGCGGUACGACGCAUGGGAUUGCCAUUGAUCCUAAGCACGACGGCUCAACAGCUAUCUCGGGCAGCUUGACUGAGCCUGACGACAAUGGUCUUGAAAUCCCUGAGCCUGCUGGAAAAUUGCCCCUGUCCGAAGAGGAGCCCAACCCCUUGUGUCAAUCCAACCAGCCUACCAAGGCAGAUGAGGGGAUGAUUGGGCUCCUGUCCGCUCAAGUCUAUGGAUGGAAGCUUGCUACCGCCUGA